UCUCAGCAGCAUGCUCAGCUCAUGCCCUCCCCAGGUAAAUAACCCUUAUCUCUCUCCCUCUUUCCCCAAAUCAGCUAUUGCCUAAAAUGGAUCACAUGAGUUUCCCUGAGAAGCCCGUGAAGCGCUGCUGCCAGCUCCAGACAUGGUGUAAAUCACAGAGCCAUCCCAACGGGUAUAAAUUCUCCGGCUGACCAAAGUGCGGCACCAGGGGAACUUCUCAGCCUGGCGAGAACAGAGAUUUGGAUUCCAGGCAGCAAAGCAGCAGCACCAGCCCUCAGCUACGGCAUUAGCUGAACCAUGACUGAAGAGCCUGUGCGGAAGGACAGCGAGAUCCAAUGCUCCAACUCCAGCAUGGGCUGCGGACACAAGGACGACAAAGCCAGCCUGGCUUCGAGCCAGAUAGCACCUUAUAGCCACCAGCCCUCGGCUCCAGCCUCCAAGGAAGUGUGGAAAAAGGGCGGCCGCAUGUUCUCCAUCCUGCUGGCCGUGCACUUAGCCCUGCUGGCCUGCACGCUGGUGAGCAGCGGGGCUUUUGAGAAAAUUGCCGUGCACGAUUACGACGUCUUCUUCCUGCUGACUGUCAUGAUGCUGAUAGUCAUCGUCUGGAUCAUCUUCUACCUCGUCAGCACCGCCCGCUGCCCAGAUGCCAUCCUCUGCAGAGACUCCCACGCUGGACCCAUCUGGCUGAGAGGAGGCCUGAUCCUGUUUGCCAUUUUCAGCCUUGUCAUGGAUGUGUUCAAAAUAGGAUAUUACUCCAGCUUCUACAGCUGCCUGUCUGCGAUCAAAAUCAUCUACCCCAUUGUGCAAGCAAUAUUCGUGGUUGUCCAGACAUACUUCCUAUGGAUGUCUGCCAAAGACUGCGUCCACGUCCACCUGAACGUUACCAGGUGCGGCUUGAUGCUAACUCUGACUACAAACUUAGCAGUGUGGAUGUCUGCAGUGACAGACGAGUCCGUUCACAAAGCACACUCAAAGUUGAAGAAAAAUGUGACAGAUGACCUCCUCAGAUGGCUCCUGAAAGUGGGAAUGAGAAGCAGCUCCACUGACGUUUGCAAUUGCAACAGCCAAAUCUGCCAGAUUUUCAAGAAUGGCUACUUCUGGCUGUACCCCUUUAACAUCGAGUACAGCCUGUUUGCCUCUGCCAUGGUUUAUGUCAUGUGGAAGAACGUCGGCCGCUUUAUAGAACACCACUCCCACCACAUCCAUCGCCUGAAAUUUAGGCUCUUCCGAAGGACCUUCUUUGUAGGCAUCGUGUUGGGCCUCAUCAUUCUGGUGAGCGGCCUGGGCGUCCUUAUCGUUUAUGAGGUGCAGGUAAACUCCAUCACCGAAUCCACCAACAAGAGCCAAGCACUCACCAUGUACUACAUCUUCAACAUCGUGUGUCUGGGCCUGAUGUCUCUCGUCUGCAUCGGAGGCUCCGUCAUCUACCGCUUCGACAAGAGAGACAUGGACCGGCACAAGAACCCGACCAGGACCCUGGACGUGGCCCUGCUGAUGGGCGCAGCCCUGGGGCAGUACGCUAUUUCUUACUACUCCAUCGUGGCCAUCGUGGCCAGCACACCAAGAGACGCCAUCAGCGCCCUCAACCUGACCUACGCCCUCCUGAUGAUCGCCCAGCACACCUUCCAGAACAUCUUCAUCAUCGAAGGCCUUCAUCGGCAGCCCCCCAAGGAGGACCACAAGCACGGUUCUCGCCAGAAGGACCUCUGUGGUCUCACCUUUGUUAACAUCAGCGCCGUGUCCCUCCGCGUGCCCGACGGCAGCAGCACCUUGGCGCCUAGCACUGCCCCUGGCGCUGAGGCCAGCCUUCCUUCCGACCUCGUGCGGUCCCUCACGGCCCCCAAGAAGAUGAACUGGAGGAGGAAGUGCUUAAGGGAGAUCUCCAUGUUCCUUCUGCUGAGCAACAUCAUACUCUGGAUCAUGCCAGCGUUUGGUGCCCGGCCCCACUUUGACAACGAUACAGAACUGAACUUCUAUGGCGAUUCCAUGUGGCCGGCUAUUGUGGACAUUUGCCUGCCCUUUGGGAUCUUCUACCGAAUGCAUGCAGUGGCCAGUUUGCUGGAGGUCUACAUCAUGUCCUAAAGACUCUCUUGCAAGGAAGAUGAGAUCCUCCUCGAGCAAUCCACCUUCCCACCCCAGGGCUGAGAGACUGCCCAGGGGUCCCGAGGGAUUCCCAGCACUGCCUGAAUCAUGUCCCCUCGCAGUGUUGGGGCAUUUCUGAACUGUCAGUGAAGAUCAUCCAAACAUAGUCCAGAUUUUAUUUUUGCUACUUGUGUGUGGAUGGAUGUGCAUAUGUGUGCCUGAAGUUCUUAGAGCUUAAAAGAAAAAAGGGAUCCAGCAUAGGAUCACGGUAAUUACUCUUGAUUCAUGCAAAGACACAUACCUGCCUUCUUAAGAGCCUGUUCACUUCACGCCACUGACUUACUCUCCUGUGGGGUGGGUGCUCAGCCCCGUAGGACAGUCAGUGUCUGCCUGCACGCAGAGACCAGUGGGCACGAGGGGCUAACCCAGGUGCAGAAGGCAAAGAAAGGGAAACCACUCACCUUCUGGUACGGCCAGUCAGAAAUCACUGCCCUGCAGAGAUGUGAAAAACAAGCGAUCAAAAAAGGCUUUUGGAAAUGCUGGAUCCUUCCUCUUUGUAUUGCCCAUUUCAACUGGCCCUCUUGCCCCUUCUCUGUGUCAGCCCCUGCUGUUUCCCUUCCUCCUGGAGGAAGCUUUCUGUGCCAGGAGGGAGUGCUGUGCGUGGUCCUGGGCUGGCCCUGACAAGGUUGAAGCACACUUUUCCCCCAUUUUUUCCUGAAUCAGGGCUCAAGAGCCAUAAAGAUCCUAUGGGCAAUACAGAACGAUGAAGAGAUUUGUUUUUCUUUUCUUUCUUUUUUUUUUUUAAUAGAUGAUUUUUUUUUUAAUAUAAAUACAUUUUUGUACACGAGAUUAUUUAUUGAUUUUCACUGUAACUCUGACCUCCUAGAGGGACCUUCUGCACCCUACAACGCAGCAAUCAGUCCAAUGCUACAGCUCUCCCUUGCUGUCCCAUGCCCUUAAGGUAUGAUUGCACUGCAUCUGCCAGCCUGUGCUGGCACUGAGGCUGUGAGCACAGCCCCGACACAAGUUUCUGGGUGCCUGCAGCCCUCCGUGAACCAUGGUAUGGUUGAGGAGGCUUUCAGAGCAGGACACCUGGGCUGCAGGAGAUAGAAGUGGGCUAUCCGCCUUGUCCAGAGGCCAAGCAGAGCUGCGGGAAGCCCACACCGCCUGGCGUCACUCCGGGGGGAAGACAUGUGCCAAAACGGCACAGCCGAGCUUUGUCUGUACCCCGAGACAUCCAAGGUUAUUGCUCAAAUAAAGAAUAGCGCACAGGCAGCAGAAAUCUUUCAGACUUUUUUUUUUUUUCCUA